UUGGACAGAGUCAGGAAAGUGGAGUUCGGAUUAGAAAGAUAUUUUACAGCCAUUGGGAAGCAAGGGAGGAAGGUUAGAGCAAGGCUGUUCGUGCCGUUCUUUAGGAGCUGAAGGGUAAAUAGAACUAGUGGGAAAAGCACAUACGGAAAAUUUAUAGCAAAUUAUUCCGUUGAUAACGACAAGGCAAACAGAUUUAUUAGCCUUAAAGUUGAAGAAAAGAACAAAGUUACAAAUGUAUCAGGAAAAUAAACUCAUUUCCAAAACUUUUUAUGAGUUCCUUCCUGAAUCCAUCAUAGAUAUCACUUGAGUAUAUACAGGCCAUGAAUUCUUCGAUGUGAUUAUGAAGUUAAAAAGUCUUCCAGAAAGAUUCCUAUGGACAAAUCUUAAUGGGCAAGAAUUUAGUUAACCUAAUUAGAACCCACAAAAUAAAAAGUGAAGUUUGGACUGACAGUGUGCUUAUGAGUAGUAUCCAAUCACAGUUCUGUAUAAGAAUUAAGGGCUUUCAUCCAGAUAAAGAUUUUAUUGAUUUCAUCAAAGUCUCCACAAAGGAAGUGAGUAGCAAACAGAAGUUACAUAAUUUUCUUAUGCUCGAACUCCUGCAGAUGGAAUUUAAGAGCAAAUUUAAAAAGAAUGGACCAAGUUUUCAAUGGAAUAGAUAUGAUAUUGAAGAAAUCAUGGCUUCCAAUGUUCAUCAAGCAAUCGGAGUCAUGGAAAAGAAGCUUUCCGAGCUUCCUUUUACAGUAAAUCAUUCCUUUAUGUGCUUGUUUAGCACAAGAAGGAUCCAUUUUCUUGAAUACCCUUUCAAGCAUUAUUGAGAAACAAUUGAUUGGCUGCAAGAAGUUUGCAACUUUGGAGAAGAUGACCAAGUAUCACAAAAAUUAGAGUACUCUAUCAGAAAGAUCUCUUUCCCAUCUAAAAGGAAAUAAUAUUUCUAAGAAUCUGCUAGAAAUGAUACAAGAGAACUAUAAAAGGAUACAGAAAAGCCGCUACUUAGAAGAUCUUGACAGGCUUGAUAAAAAGAGGCUAGUUAAAGUAAGAAUAACCACAAUAACACCUUCAAGGAUAGAGCUGAAUUUUGGGUCUAUUACCAUGGCUAAUAGAGCUAUUCGUGAUAAUUAUAACCAUAUUGAUGACUUCAUGCGUGUCAGGUUCCUUAAUGAAGAUGGUCAAAGAGGAAUUUAUUGGGACGGUGCUCAGAAUGAUGGCAUACUUGACCAUAUACAGAAAAUUAUGAAUGAUGGCUUUACAGUCGGAGAUAAAUGUUUUAAGUUUUUACAUUUCUCAAACUCCCAAGUCAAGAGUCACUCGUGUUGGUUCAUGAAUGAAAUUCCUGGAAAAUUUGACUACGAUAAAUUUAUCUAUUCCUUAGGGGAUUUUAGCAAAGAGAAGUCGAUAGCCAAAGGGAUCGCUAGAAGAGGUCAAGCUUUCAGCAGCAGCGUAGCUACAGAGACUCUUAAUGUAGAAUCAGAGAUACUUGAAGUCCCAGAUAUUGAAAACAACCGAUACACCUUCUCUGAUGGAUGUGGAGAGAUCGAUAAAGAGUUCUUUGAAGAAAAGAUCCUUAAGAAAUAUUUCAAACAUUCCAUGUGCUCAGCCAUACAGAUCAGGAUGGGAGGGUACAAAGGAGUACUCCUGGCCACCAAUAAUUUAGAAGAUGAAUCAAAGAUACUAACAAGAAAAAGCAUGAACAAAUUUGGAUUAAGACCAACUCAAGUACAGUUGACUUUAGAAGUAAUUAGACUUGCAACUUAUAUGAAUGGGUACCUGAACAAGCAGAUCAUACUUGUGAUGUGGUCCAAUGGAAUUGAUGAAGAUGUAUUCAUUAAGAUCCAACAAAAUUAUAUAUCGGAGUUGCUGUCUUACUAUCAUCUGAAGAAUUUGGAUAUUGACAGUCGGUAUCCUGCAGAACUGUUUCAAUCAUUCUGUAUCAUUCAGAGGAAGAUAGAAGGCAUGCACAACCAAGGAGAUGAUUACUAUAAAGACCCAUUCAUCAAGCCUAUCAUCAAGUCAAUUUGCUUUAACAGACUUAGAGAUGUAUGAAAAUAAAUUCAGAAUCUUCGAUGAAUUCAGUUGUAAUAUCAUUGGAGUAAUUGAUCCUUAUAAUUGCCUUGAUAAAGGCGAAGUCUUCAUCCAAAUCAACAAAAGCACUAAAUAUUGACGUGAAAGAAACGCCGAAGACACUACACUUGUCUCUGGCAAAGUCUUGGUGACAAGGUCUCCAUGAGUCCAUCCUGGUGACCUCAGAAUCCUGACUGCUGUUGAUGAGCCAAUGCUUCAUGACAUGGUCAACGUAAUUGUGUUCUCAGCCAAAGGAGAUAGACCAGAUCAACACAAAAUGGGAUCAGGUGACUUAGAUGGAGACAUUUAUUGGAUAAACUGGAGACCUGAGUUCGUGUACAACUAUAUUGAAAAAGAACCUGAUACAAAAAACCCAGAGUUGCUUGAGUUAAUAUUAGAAGAGAAAGCUAUGACGGUGGCUUCAAAAUACACUCUGAACAAAACAAUAAACAGAGAGAAAUGUAUCCUUGCAUUCAUUGACUACUUAAGAAAAGACAUUUUGGGACAAGUUGCUUUCUUGCAUCUGAAAGCGGGUGAUAAACAUCGAGACAAUUUGAAGAAGAAAGAUUGACUGAUACUUGCAAAGAUGCAUUGAAUUGCUGUAGAUAGUGCGAAGAGUGACCAUCAAAUUAAGGUGGAAGUAUUUAAAGAAAUUCAAAACAAAUAUCCAAGAUUUGUUGACUUUCUAUACUUUGAUUCCAAACCAGGAAAGAAUAAGAAAGUUUCCAAGUCUCCAGGUAUUUUGGGAAUUCUUCACAGAAAAAUUAAAGUAGAUAUUGAUAAUGAAGAGCUUUAUUUACUCGAAUACCAAACAAAGAUUCUCAAAGAUUACCAACUAGACUCUCAACUUCUUCAAAAUGAUGCCAUCUGCAAGCAUCUUUCAUUUAUUUACCAAAAAGUUGUUAUUCCCUUCAACAGCUUCAUCAGAAGCAUCCUUCUGGAGAACAACUUAGUGUCAGAAGGAGACUUGUUCAACAGCACUUGCGAGUUCUCAAAUCUGACUUUCAGAAGGGAUGACGCCAUACAGAUCAGACAGAGUCUUUCGAUGCUGUUUGAUAAAGUCAAAGAGGAGUUUAAUCAAGUCAUCAAAGACUAUCAACUUGAUAACUUUGUUACUAUCGGUGUAGAAGAAGCCAAACUUCAACACAUCGAACAGUUCGAAAUGCUCCCUGAACUAAGCUGUACACUCAAAUUCCUAGCAUAUUUCAACCACAAACACUAUUCUCAAGUCAAACUACUGUUCAAUAACGAAGAUUUCGACGAGUUCUGGGAGUUCUACUUACAAGAAACAGACAUUGAGACAGACCCGAUCAACUACUCAAGCUACAAGAGAAUCGCAAAGUCAACGUACAACGAAGAGGAUGAGUUAUCAUCAGUACUAUCUCAGUCACAGAUAUUCUCAUCAUGGUGGUUGCUUACCUCCUAAUGAACAUAAAUCUUGAGCAAGACUUAAACAACUUAGUUU